CGGCGUGUGGCCCCGGCCGCCAUGUUGUUUGGCUGGUGAGGGAGGCGGAGGUUGGGCGGGCAGCGAGAGGAGCGGCCGCCGCUGCUGCUGCCGCCGCCGCCGCCACCACGGCCGCCCCAGCCGUCGCCGGGAGCCGUCAUGGCCGGGAGCCCCCGCCGCUGCCGCCGGCUUUCACUGUGAAAUACCUGACAAUCGACAAUCGCAUCUAAAAUUUUUCAAAGGGGUUUAUUGCUAAUCGAUCUUCCCAUGAUAUAUAGCGCCACAGAACUGGAAAGCAAGGGAGAGGACCUUGCCUUGCAGCUAAGCUCUGUCAUGGAUGAAGAGACUCAUCAUAGCCUUGAAUGCAUCCAAGCUAAUCAGAUCUUCCCCAGGAAGCAGCUGAUCCGGGAGGAUGAAAAUCUCCAGGUCCCAUUUCUCGAACUUCACGGGGAGAGCACGGAGUACGUCGGCCGAGCGGAUGAUGCUGUCAUUGCCCUGUCCAACUACAGGCUUCACAUCAAAUUUAAGGAAUCCGUGGUGAACGUUCCAUUGCAGCUCAUAGAAAGCGUGGAGUGUCGGGAUAUUUUCCAGCUUCACUUGACUUGCAAAGAUUGCAAAGUUAUCAGGUGCCAGUUCUCGACUUUUGAGCAGUGUCAAGAGUGGCUGAAGAGGCUGAACAACGCCAUCCGCCCCCCCUCAAAGAUAGAGGACGUUUUCUCUUUCGCUUACCAUGCCUGGUGCAUGGAGGUGUACGCCAGUGAAAAGGAGCAACAUGGCGAUUUGUGCCGCCCAGGGGAGCACGUGACUUCAAGAUUCAAAAACGAAGUGGAACGGAUGGGUUUUGACAUGAACAAUGCCUGGCGGAUCUCCAACAUCAAUGAGAAGUACAAGCUCUGCAGCAGCUACCCUCAAGAACUCAUUGUGCCUGUCUGGAUAACGGACAAAGAGCUGGAAAGCGUGGCCAAUUUCCGAUCUUGGAAGCGCAUCCCUGUGGUGGUUUACAGGCACCAGAACAACGGGGCGGUCAUUUCUCGCUGUGGGCAGCCCGAGGUCAGCUGGUGGGGCUGGAGAAACGCUGAUGACGAACAUCUUGUCCAGUCGGUGGCCAAAGCCUGCGCCUCCGAUUCCAAGUCGAGCAGCGGUAAACUGGUGAAUGGGAACUGCUCGCGAGAGUUCUCCAAUGGGGGAGACUUCUCCGACGCAGAGUUUGAUUCUUCCAUUUCCAAUGCUUCAGGAGCAGAAAGCUUAGCCAUCCAGCCUCAGAAGCUUUUGAUCUUAGAUGCACGUUCCUACACAGCCGCAGUUGCCAACAGAGCCAAAGGAGGGGGCUGUGAAUGUCCAGAGUAUUAUCCCAACUGUGAAGUGGUGUUCAUGGGAAUGGCUAACAUCCACUCUAUUCGGAAGAGUUUUCAGUCACUGAGGCUGCUCUGCACACAGAUGCCGGACCCGGGAAACUGGCUGUCGGCUCUGGAGAGCACCAAGUGGCUCCAGCAUCUCUCUGUGCUUCUGAAAUCAGCCCUGCUGGUGGUUCACGCGGUAGACAGAGACCAGCGGCCUGUCCUGGUGCACUGCUCUGAUGGCUGGGAUCGGACCCCACAGAUCGUGGCUCUGUCCAAGCUGCUGCUGGAUCCGUAUUACCGGACCAUUGAGGGUUUCCAAGUGCUGGUGGAGAUGGAAUGGCUGGACUUCGGCCAUAAGUUUGCAGACCGCUGUGGCCACGGCGAGAACUCGGAUGACCUCAACGAACGCUGCCCCGUGUUUCUGCAGUGGCUCGACUGCGUCCAUCAACUCCAGAGGCAAUUCCCCUGCUCCUUCGAGUUUAACGAAGCAUUCCUUGUCAAGCUGGUGCAACACACCUACUCCUGCCUCUUUGGUACAUUCCUGUGCAACAACGCGAAGGAGAGAGGCGAGAAGCACACCCAAGAACGGACCUGCUCAGUGUGGUCCAUGCUGCGGGGAGGAAACAAAGCCUUCAAAAACCUGCUUUACUCCUCCCAAUCUGAAUCUGUGCUGUAUCCUGUGUGCCACGUGCGCAACCUAAUGCUGUGGAGUGCCGUGUACCUGCCUUGCUCCUCACCUUCCACCCCUGUGGAUGACACCUGUGCCCCGUAUCCCGUCCCAGGCUCCAACCCUGAGGAUCAGCCUCUGGGCAGGCUACCAAAGACCAGGUCCUUUGACAAUCUGACCACAGCCUGUGACAGCAGCGUAGCCCCCACCAACCGGCGUAGCAGCGACCCAAGCCUAAACGAGAAAUGGCAGGAACAUCGCCGAUCCCUGGAACUCAGCAACCUCGGGAACCCGGGGGACGACCUCUUUGAGGGUGAAAGCUUGGGCAAACAAGGCAGGACUCUGAUUGGAGCAGAGCUUUCAGUAGCGGUGGCCGAGGGGCUGAUGGAAAACAUCUUGCAAGAAGCCACCAAAGAAGAAGGGAGCCUUGAGGAGAAUACAAGGGGUAGUCAGGAAAGGGCAGGGAAGGAAGGAGAAGGGGAUCUCACGCUAGACAAGGAACGCAGGACUGAACACCUGGUUGGUUCUCCUACUAUUUGUGAAAAGUCUGACGCGGAUGCAGAAACCUUAGACAAUCCAGUUUCUAAUCAACAGGUGGUAUCACAGGGUGCUUCUGAGCUCCAAGGGCCAGAGGAGGGUCACCCAGCUGCCCCUUGCACAGUCCAGAAGCCAACUCAGGGGGGAGAGCUGCCACUUGGCUUUUGGGACAAUCCUGGAAAUAGCGAAGUUUCAAGAGAGGAGGAGGAGGAGGGUGUUGAUAAUAGUUCAGCAGAAGCUGAAAAUGCUCCUAGUCCUGCCCAUCCCAUCCCACCGUUGCCUGUAGGACUUGAGGCGCCCACACCAAACAUGGAGAGCUCGACCGAGACCUUAAUAGAAACGGGAGCCAGGGAUGAAAGGGCCCAGAAGGAGUCUCCCCAUUGGCGUCAUCCUAUGGACAACAACGUCAACGAUCUUUCCCAGAUGGUGGAGAAUCGGCUGGAAAGGGAGGACUUGAUGGACGCACACAAGUUGGCCGCAGCUCUAAAUAGGACUCCUUACAGCAGCAACCCUUCCCCGUGUGCCUUGCCUUUAAUGGACUAUAAAGAGGUGGUGUGCAAUGGAGACCUGGCAUCCGAGAACAAGAUGGCCGAGAGCCCGGCAGGGUUUGCUGCUCCUCAGAAAUACGCUGCGCCCAACGGGCACUGCCUGAACGGGGAAGAAAGCAGGGUGAAAGUUCCCCUCGGCCGGCAAAUCUCCCCCGCCAGCUGCAGCUCCACCUCGCUGCAUCUAAGGAACCUCCACCACAAAUGGGUUCACGCCAUCCCAGGUCGGCAGCAAACAGCGGGCAGCCCGGACCAGCCUGCUCGGAAUCAUCUGGAUGACGAUGGGAUGCCCAUCUAUGCCGACGUCAUUCAGCAGCGCCUCCGUCAGAUUGAAAGCGGGCACCAGCAGGAGGUGGAGAGCUUGAAGAAGCAGGUGCAGGAGCUGAAGAGCCGGUUGGAAAGCCAGUAUCUGAACAGCUCGCUGCGCUUCAACGGGGAGUACGGGGAUGAAGUGACUUCAGUGCCUGACUCAGAAAGCAAUCCGGAUCACAACUGCUUGUCUCGCUGCAGUACAGAGAUUUUCUCUGAAGCCAGCUGGGAGCAGGUGGAUAAACAGGACACAGAGGUGACACGGUGGCUGCCCGAUCACCUGGCUGCGCACUGUUACGGCUGUGACAGUGUCUUCUGGCUUGUCAGCAGAAAACACCACUGCAGGGACCCUGAACAUGUUGAUCAGACUUGGAAUUGUGGAAAUGUGUUUUGCUCCAGCUGCUGUAACCAGAAGGCGCCGGUCCCCAGCCAACAGCUCUUCGAACCCAGCCGGGUCUGCAAAACCUGCUACAGCAGCUUGCACCCCAGUAGCUCCAGCCUUGACCUCGAACUGGACAAACCCAUUGCUGCCACCUCAAACUGAGGCUCCAGCCUGGAAGGAAAGAUGGGAGGAGACAAAGCUGCCUUUGUCCCUCGAAGGAGACACACCGAUUGCCGGUGGACUGAAGCUGGUAGGAUUGGAGGAGCUAUGCACUUUGAGCUGGAAGUACAGGUUACUGCUCAGAGAGAGAGAGAGAGAGAGAGAGGAUGAUGGGUAGGUAGAUCCUGGCGGAGCAGGAGCAGUCCUUCCCCACUGUUACUUCCCAUUCCCUUUCCAUCCUUCUCAUGUAAAUUUAGUGUGGAUUUUGCAGGAAGACGGUGCAAGGGGUCUAGUGGGGGAGUCUCCCUGCGCUGCAGGCAGGCUAUUCUCCCUUUGCGAGAGGAGAGGAAAGUGAAUUGCCAGAGAGAUUGUGAAUACCUGUAGCAUUAGGGCUAGUGCUUUCAGUCACUCCUGUGGCUUCCCAGCAGCCCCAUGCUGCUUGGAGAGUUGUUGCUGCUAGAAGAAACGGAAACGGCCUUCUCAAAAGAGCUGGCUGGAUUAUGCCUGUUGCCCAAAUGCAAGGGGUGGAUUGCGGAUCUCCACGCUGGGCACUCCUCUAUGGCCGAGGGCGGAGAGGCCUUGGCUAAGAAGAGAUGCCUACUUGCUUUGAGGGGAAGCGAAAGGAGAAAGGGUGCCUUUAAACCGGCACCCCCCGAUGUAAAAUUCUGUACAUCCAUUUUUAUUUUUAUUUUGUAAAGGAAUCGGUGCCUAGGCUUUGACGGUAGCUUUUGAAAUGCUUCUCCUUGCCCCCAUUUUAAACCUAGUUUACACAGAAAGUAGAGCUGCUUCACUGCACUCGGUAGGCUUUGUGCAAAGUCAGGUGGCCUGAUGGCAUCGAGGUGUCCUUUUCACAAAACAACCCCAUGAAGCAAGAGUGGGAUGGUUUUACUUUGCUCUAGAGCUGGUUAGAAAAGGUGGGUUUGCUGGAAGCCCCCAAAAUGAGGCGUUACGAAAAGAGAUGUCUUGGCCACAACAAUCUGAAACUGUUUUCCUCCCGCUCAGUUCGUUAAUGUCACCCCAUCAACAUUUGAUAGAGUCCUCCUAUUUUUCUAAAUUUUGUAUUUUCCCUCCUCCACUCUCUUUAAAAUACGCUGAGUUUAUGGUUUUGGAGUGGGACGAAGAAUUAUAAUAGAGAGUUUAUAAUCUGUGAUAAGAUGCUUGAAUCCAUCCAGAAUCAAUUCUUUUCCUAUUGCUCUCACCUGUUUUGUCUUGGAGAGCUUAGAUUGGUACAUGCAAUUCCUGUCUUUCUGUGUCACCACACAUCAAACAUCUUCCAUAUAUUUCCUCUGCAACAUUGGCCUUGAUUACUACCAGCUGGGAGGUUCCUACACCCAGAACUGCCAUAAGCUCACAAUCCUGGCAUGAAGCUCUGCAAGAGCCAUAAAGAGCAAGCUACACAACAACGGGCGUAAAAAGAGCAAGAAACACAACCCCUAGGCUAUUCUAAGCGUUUGUGCUGUAAUAACUAGACUGGCCUUCCAAAGGGAAACUGGUUUUGUGAGCCUGUUGCCAAGGAGGAAAUAUAAAAGUGAGGCUUGCCAAACAGUUUUUGUUUUCAUACUGAUUCCAAGAAGGAAAAUGUUUGUCAAUCUGUUUCGUUCUUGAUGUUUCAAUUUUCCCAGGUUGCUUGUAAAGGAUGCAGGUCUUGCAUAGAACAAAACAAUGCAGGGAAGACAUUUAAAAAUAAGGAUCCAAAUUCCAGGAGCGCGUAGCCAGGGACGCCCUCUCCUUAAUGCAAGCAGAGUGUAAUUUCUUUGCACUCCUUGUCUGCUUCCGACUGGGAGGACCUGUACAAAAUUUCAGUGUUGUUUUCUCUCUCUCCCCCCCCCUCCCCCAAAGGAAUGAAACACUCUGGGAAAAUCAGUAGAGGUAUACAGUUCCAGGUUGGGAACGUGGAAACAGGUUGUUGAGGUGACAUACAGAAAGCUGGCUAAUCUAUGCUUUUCCAAUGCAACUGGUGUGCAGCGAGACAGUUUAUAAACAGACAAAAAAGAAUAAUAAAGGGGAAUGGUAUUGUAUGAUGCACUUGAUCCAGUGUGAUUUUAUGGUACAAACAGAUGGCGAAAAGGAGGUCUAACAUUCAGCAGUUCAUAAGAGGUGCCAAGGGGUUCCAAUACGGGUUUUGGGGGUCUGUGAUGUACAGUGUGAAUAAACGCUUGCAGCUCUUAGUCUUUUGAA